CCCCCGUCACUCCAGGCUGUGAUGGCGGAGGCGAACGAUACCGACAUAAUGAUGAGUUACCACGGUGAUUUCCUAAAAAACGACAGAAAAAGCAGCCGCUACCCUUUCUGCAUUGUCUGGACACCUAUUCCCAUUUUAACGUGGGUGCUUCCCUUCAUCGGUCACAUGGGUAUAUGCACUUCUUCUGGAGUCAUACGAGAUUUUGCAGGGUCAUAUUUUGUCUCGGAGGAUAACAUGGGGUUUGGUAGACCCACAAAGUAUUGGAAGCUUGAUGUGGAUAAGGUGUGUGGUAAUGGUGCAGCUACAUGGGACAAAGCUGUGCACGAUGCAUCAGAGGAGUACAAAUGCAGGCCGCACAAUCUGUGCUUUGAUAACUGCCAUUCCCACGUUGCCAUGGCCCUCAACCUGAUGCGCUACGACAACAGCACAUCCUGGAACAUGGUGAACCUGUGCGUCCUGUCUCUCAUUCAUGGGAAACACGUAAGCUGGGCUGCUUUCCUGAAGACCUGGCUGCCCUUCAUCAUGCUCUGCGGAGUCUUCACCACCUUCAUCCUCACAUUCAACCUACAGUAAUGCAGCGAGCAGUACAAUGAGCUGACUCAGACUUUGGUUAUACUUUAUACGCUGUCAUUGAUGUGAAUGGUUGUUUGUGCAAAAACUGAACAACUGUCUCGUCUGUAGCGAUGUAGUCUGUAGGACGGUAUUAAAGGGCAAAGUCUAGCUUUUUUGGGGGGGUUAGUUUUGAAAUAAGUUUAUGCUUUAACUGUUGAUAUUUUUAUUAUUUCUUAUUGUGUAUUAUGUUAGCAAGGUACACUACAGUGUCUGCAUUUGUUUUCCACGUACUGGGCUCUGUGUUUUUGCUUUGCUUUGUUAAGAGUCUUAUCAGGGAGAUGAUCUCCAGAUCAUACCCCAGUAGAGCACCGCAUUCCAGUUGCAGAGAUGUAUUUUUCAUGAACGGCAAUAAUGAAUGUGUUUCCAGACGGGCUAAUGUAUAUUUCAGUGACGAAUCACUAGAAAACGGAUCGUGAAAUCAUGCUGGAAGUAUUCAUCAAUUAUUUGUCUUAGAAAUAUGAGCCUCCAGACCAAAGAUAGAAUGAUGGAAACCCAACAUGUGAAAAAUGAGGGUAUUGUAGUCAGUUGAAUGCAUUUUCCUCUUGUAUAUCGAGACUGAUAUUUUAAGCAAUUUCUUGUUUGUCAUUAUUUGCUUUUCUUCAGUGAGAGAUUUAAUUAUUUCCUAUUGUGCGUCCUCACACUUGAUCCUGCCAAUUUAUAUGAGCAAUAUUAGAUCAAAUGUUUAUGCAUUAUGUAUUUUGAAUCGUGUUUUUGGACCUGUGUGUACCUAAAUAAGUAUGAUUUCUUAUUAUAUGUCUAUAAGAGUUUAACAUUUCUGUUUUUGUACCUGCGUUUUGGAUUUGCUGCGUGCAGAGCUCUUUGAUUGUCUCCCCUGGCAGACUGUGGUGUGGGUCACCGGCUGUGGACGCCCUAAUCGUCCUCUGUACCUUUAAGGGGACCACGUUUUCAUCCAGCAGAUUCUGUGUGAUAUGAACUACCAUCACUUCACAGGAACCUUUAUUCCCACAGUGCAGCAGAUGAGGACUGAGCAAGCAGUCUUUGCCACCUCUGCAUUAUCUGAUCAUUUUCCGAGAAAAAGGAUAACAGAGUUUGAUUUAUUAAUAUUCUAAUAGUUGAAACAUUUUAAUUU